AUCUCCAGAGCCAGAUUACCAGGCUGAACUCAGGCAAACACUCCAGACUCUUCCAGGCAGCUCCAGAAGUGCAGACACCAGCGGACAGACGGAAGAUCCCCGAGCUGCCUGCAGCCAUGUUGGCUCUUAGUCUCGUGGUUCUGGGCCUGCUCACUGCAGUGCCACCUGUGAGCUGUCAGCAAGGUCUGGGGAACCUCCAGCCCUGGAUGCAGGGCGUCAUUGCUGUGGCUGUAUUCCUGGUCCUCGUUGCAAUUGUCUUUGCUGUUAACCACUUCUGGUGCCAGGAUGAGCCGGAGCUCGCGAAUGUGGUCAUGACUGUUGGAAACAAGGCAGAUGGAGUCCUGGUGGGAAUGGAUGGAAAGUACUCCUCAAUGGCAUCCAACUUCAGGUCCAGUGAGCAUGAGAAUGCCUACGAGAAUGUCCUGGAGGAGGAGGGCAAAGUCCGCAGCACACCCAUGUGACUUGGUUGGCCUGUGACCCUCAGCUGGGGCCUCUCACGUGCCUGUGGUGACAUCCACCACCCUUCAGCCCCUUCUCUGUAGGAAUCUGCAACAAUAGAUCAACUCCUUCACCUGACAACGUCAUUUGAGGCUACAGCCAGGCUGGGGCCCUGGGGCCCUCCUGGGGAUCUCUUAUCCAAUACAGAAAAGGACAGCCAGCUCAAUACUUCCCACCCUACUUCCCAUCUUCCUCACCAUUGUGGACAUGGCCCUUAUUUCUGUGAAAUAAAGACCUUUUGUACUUCCA